AAUAAUAAUCGUCGACGACGAUCGAUGGACGUAGUUGCGGUGCUGGUAGCUUGCGGAGUAUUUGCACAGGUUCAAUCGUUCGUGCCCACGUCGACUUCGAACCAUCCUUUGAGAAUAUUUGAUGGUAAGCCUUUGGAAUCGAACCGAUGAUGACAUCAGCAUCCUUGCUUUUGCGUCCGUAUUGAAUGCCCGGUGGCCUGUUGUUUGGGUCACGAGAGAAUUAUUCUUUCCAUUUCGUCUUCACCGGUGUAGCGUUCGAGAAAACUACUGUGUACUCAUGACAUAUUUUUUUCAUUCCAUGCUACCGACAUAGUUGUGCAAAGCAACGAAAUCCCUCGUUGUGCAACCGCUGCAGCUGUCAACGGAGUGUCAAAAAAGGAGGAAUCAGUUUCGGAAUCAGAAGAAUCAGAAUAUCUAUGGAACCUCCGGUUGAAUGUCAAUGAAAAGGCUCGAACGGUUGCAAGUGUUUGCACUUCUGGUACUCUGUGCACCGUUUCCGGUCACGACGGGAUCCAGGGCGCCCCAUUCGGAUCCUUUGUCGAUUACGUCCUCGACGACGAGGGCAACCCCGUCUUGCUGAUGAACGAGAUGUCUAUGCACACCAUGAACAUCGAACAAAAUGCCAUUAGCAACCAGGACGGCGUCUCCAAUCUCGUAACAUUAUUCACGCAGCUCGCCAGCGAAACAGCCGAGCAAAGCCAAGAUGUUUCACGUUGUUCCUUUACGUGUAAGGUCGAAAAGAUCGCUCGCGACGCCGAGGACAUGGAUGCCAUUCGAAUGCGGUAUUCUCUGACCCAUGUUUACGCGGACCAGGUCAUGGAUUCGCCCAAAUUUGCGUUCUACCGAUUAAUUCCCGAAAAAAUAUACUAUGUUGGUGGAUUCGGUGUCAUGGCGAAAUGGGUCGAUGUCGAAGACUACAAAGAUGCUACCCCCGACAUUUUGUCGAAGGAGGCGAACCAGAUUGUCAAGAAGCUCAAUCGUGAAUUCAAGGACGAUCUUGAGUGCAUGGCCAUCCAUUUGCUGGAAGCAGAAAAGCUGGAGAAUGUUCGGGUCACGAACGUCGAUCGGCUGGGAAUGGACGUGCGUGUGACCAGACAGCACGAAACGAGACGCAACAAGCUCAUGACGGACGAGUACCGAAUCGGAUUCCGUAUCCCCGUCAUCUCCGUGGAGGAUGCCAAGUCGGAGAUUCUCAAAGUCUUCCAAGAGGCUUGGGAAAAGGGACAGGGUUUGGACUGGGGUGAUGCAGAAGAGCCAGGAUCGACGGUCCCAAUCAUGAAGAUUGCAGCUGAUAGUCUGGAGUAGAGAAUAGAUUCUAAUGAAUUAACAAAUCGAAUUAGACAGC